AUGUGGGCGGCCUACAAAACUAUUGGGAACCUAGUAAUUGACAUUUUUUGUAAUCGACAGGAUGAAAAAAUUAUCCAACUGGAAAAUCUUCUGGAGCAGUACAAGGAUGCCUUUCUGAAUCCCUCCAGGAACCCGGUAUGUGCAUGAGAAACUUGGCUUCAAUAAAUCGAAUACCCAAAUACCGGUUAUCUCUGUCGAGCGCGCCAUCUCAACCUUGCAUUGAUUAAUUGAGCUAUUCUCUUUAGCGAGACGACGUUUCUUGACUUUCACAGUCGAAUAUUCCAAUUUACCGCCUGUACUUGUGUGCAGGGGUUCGAAUGGAAAACAGCUUGACAAGUAGAUAUUUCGAAGGUUGCUUACCGUCUCGGAAAGAUUUAACCUUUAGUUAUUUGAUAAUUUGACCGUCGUUAGCGACAAUGUCCUCAAUGUGCCGCACAGCGGGGUGAGCGCAGGGACGGUCACUUGCGCGUGACUUAGUGGAUAGACUUGAGCUGCAUCUGCUGCAGUCCUGGAAGGAUAGCAUUAACCCUCGUGUGCGCGUUUUGAGGCUGCUGCUACUGUUGGUCGCCAUGUGUGCGUGUUCGCGUGUUGGCACGUAUGCGCGUAUUACUGCGCUGCUAUUGACUAAGUGAAAGAUAGGAGUCUAUAUAACUCUCGCUUACCCAUAUCAGUUGUAGAAUUCAUACGAUGUGUGGGAUGUCCUAGUAGCUUUUACAUGAGAGCCGAAUCUUAAGCUUUUUAGACCGGACUCUCACCGCUUCCUCCCCAUGAUCACUAGUCCGAAUAUUCUUGGGAGUUUAUGCGGCCGUACCCUAACCCCAACUAUGUCUGCCGCUCAGUUCGUAGGAUUUAAUUAACGGCUGCCUAUCUUCUUACCUUCCGCCAAUAUGACAUUUUGAGAAUACCUGAGGAUUGUGUUCAGCGUCUAAUUCAUUUUCUUCAGUAAUUCCCCUCGUAAGCGUUAGCCAAGUGGUCGGAAAUCCACGUGCAUAAGGCAACAUCGGGCGGUUGAGCAGGCCUUGAAUCAACCAACUUCCAAAUUCAGGUAUAAAUGGUCACUUAAAUCUGCCUGAAUUGCAGAACUUUGCUAGUAAGCGAAGUCGACGGCUAUCCUUUUUACGUACUGCUCGCCACGCGUAUAUACGCACCCCACUCGUGGCGUCUUACUGUUGAUUCUCAUCGGUUAGAAACUCGCUUCAUGACUACUCGUUUUUAUGUACUCAAAAAAAUAUGGAAUAGGUCAUAAGGCGAUCGCAGGAAUAGGCUAAUCUUAUUUUAUGCUCUGAGAUAGGAAUCCAAGAGAGUGAGCUUCAGUGACUUGUAUGGGUCCGGCGUAUUUGUACUUGCGUUUGUCACCCAGCAAUCUUGUUCGUCCUUACCUCGGCGCACAUUAGUCAACAUCAGGAGCUGUGACCAAAACAAUGUUCUUGUCUGUUAAUAUCACCAGUGCAGCCUAGAUUGGCCUUGGUCUCUUCGGGCGACAAAAGCGUGCUAGAGUGAUAUUGCGGAUGGAUUUGUAUCAUGCUACCAUACACUCAGUGCCAUUUUAAGGGUCGAACAGUUUCCUCCUUAGCGCAGAAGACUAGUUUUUUUUUACCUCUGCGGUAAGUGGAUUGGAUGCGGCGUCCUAAUAGGACCAGCAGUUGAGACACCGGUGCGUAUUUAACAAAUCGCGUAUUCACCGAACGACUGACCGGCUAACCAUGAUAAUCCUUGCUUGGUUUGCUUGUGCUUCUAGUGACCGUUAUGUUUGACUGGCCAUCCGUGCAGAGUAAUCCUGCGUGGUAAGGCAGGGUUCUGAUACACGGUGCAAACACGAACAAUUAAUUCCUUACUCCAACAGAGCUAAUACAUAGAGUGCGGCGAUGCCAUCAGCCCUUUUUAGGAAAUAUGGGGCACUUAAACACUUUAGGUUGAACAAGCAUGACGAAUUGAGGUUUAUGUUCAUGGAUGAGGCGCCACAGUCUUUCAUUUUCCUUUGAAAAGGCAGCCGAGACCAAAUGCAGUAACUACAGUAACGUACGUGUUCUGGAUGAUGCAGCAAAGUCUUCAACGGUCGCCGUUCUCAGGCAGUUUCAGUAAGCUUGGUUUGAUAACACGACUCAACCGAGCUGGUUUUUGAUCCAUCCCCUAGCCACGCGCACCUCGAUACGUCGUUGACUUUCGUCGUGACAAGGAGAAACCGGUUGCCUCGUGCUUCGAUAGAGCGUCCAAUUCCGUCCAUCUUGAAUGCCCAUAACAUUGCUUGAGUCUGACGGUGCGCUGGCAAGAAUCCUCGAUAGAAUCAAGACUUUCGGACUCCUCAUCAUUGUGCUGGCCGUUGUACGCCAAACCCCUUUCGAUCAUUAAAUAUUUGUUCUGACUUUCCUCCGAGCUGCAUCCUGUCGUCUAUCUUAUUUAACUACUCCGUGGACCGGAUUGUCUGAACAACUUUACACGAUUUUGAUGACGUCGAAUUAACGGGAGAACGCCGACUGACUGACCUAGACUAUUCUAACACGCUUCGUUAAUCGUGAUCUACAGAAAAAAUGUUUCAGGUGAAGAAGUUUGCUUGAUCACUUUGUCUUUAAGGACAGUGUGAAGGCCAAACUGUGGGCUGGAUUUUCGAUCCGAAGAAGACACUCCUUGAAAUUAAUAGCUUUCGGUUGGAGGAAGUAGACAGUUUCAAAUAUCUGUGGGCGACAUUACCGUCAUACGGACAAUGAAGAUGAUAUCACCGCCGCAAGUACUGUUGUUCGAAUGGUUUACAUAAGCCAUAAAACGUGUCUACGUGCUCGUUUAGGCGAUUGCAAUCAUCUCUAAGAUAUGGGUGCACCGGACAUCCGUACGUUCAGUCCUGUACGCCUGCGAAUUUCGGACUGUACGCUUGAAGACCGAGUGACAAUCGGAAGUACCUGGCCGCUGUUGUUCGAGAAGCAUUUUAUCAAGUGUGCCGAUUUUUUCUCUAACGAGACAAUUUGUAUUGGCCGCUGCACCACUAGGCUAUGACCGUCCGUAUAAGACGACCGAGGCUGUUUUGGCACCCAUCUGUCGUUCUUUUCAUAAGUUCAGUGCCACCGUCAUUCUUUGGAAGUUUCUGACUAAAUUGGGCAAUAAAGACGCUUCAAACCCUAGUUUGACAAAUUCAAGACCUGGAGGCAGUCCACUGACCUUCGGUAUUCACUCCUUAUCGCCAGAUAAGUGGGCAGUUUGGGUUUACUUGACCCGUUUCUGUAGUCCGUCAUGAGGCUGACCAGGUCAAGCAUGAAAAAACGCGGUGCCUAGUAAGAGUAAUUACGUACAACUGCGGUCGAACGUGGCUGUUCGCCGCCUACGUUUCUAGAAUUCCAUUAUUGCUUUAUCCAUCUACCGAGCCACCCGAGUCCCGGCUCUACUUGACAGUCCUACUAACGAGACCGUCCCUUGUUCGAGCGUAUUUGAAUAUUUCAGCCCCUCGUCACCAAUUAAAGUAGUAACUGCGCUAACCUCUUGAUUCUGACUAUCACAAUAAUCUCUCGACCAUGCACCUUAUAUUUGCUGUUGAUUGCCGUAUGCUUGUUCCCGCUUUUAGUGAUCCGAGCAAAUUCGCCCUUCUUGGCCUGGCACGGUUUUCGUCUAAACCCUUUCUCUAACCUAGUUGUUGUAUCUCACUCAGCUGUAUUUGAGGCUGUUGUAACUAGGACCGUAGGAAACACACGAGAAGGAGAGCACAGACAAGUCGAAAUACAAGAAUCAGAAUCAGCAUACCCUAUAAUUGGGCUUUAUUCAUCUUACAAUUGACGUACUAUAACUAAAACGAGAACUAAAACAGUGGUAGAUAAGAUGAGAUUUCGUCAGGGUAUAAGUUAGCAUGACAGGCAAAAGCCGAAACAGUGUUGGCCUUCCUGUUCUUUUAAGAAUUAGUAGACUGUUUCACCACUUUCCACAUGAUAUUAAGAGUUGCAGCGUAAGCUACAGCUAUUUCGUAUCCGUCUGUAUUCCAUUUCGUUGUCACCGCUUAUUUUCCAGCACUAUUUGGGCACCGUCGAGUGCUCACUUAUAUUUUAUUUCAGUCUACUAUAAAGACGACAAAAAUUCACGCCCAAAUAAUUCUCUUCGUAACAUUUCAUCCAGCCCAAAUCUGUGGUCGAUCGCCAGCUGAUAAAAAAGGCAGAUUCGGAGGCAAUCUCACUUCCUGGAAUGCCCCAAAAAAUUUUACUUACGCGCGAUAUCAUCGAAGAAUCUUGUACUAUCAGUGAUCUCUUUGAAUUCAACGAAUUAGGAGCUGUGGAACUGCUUCUGUCAGGUUUGUUUGUUCUCCUACUUAAAACUUUCGGCUAUAGCUGAAAGCCAACUACCCUCCUAUCCGAAUCUUACUCGCGGAUUGGUGGCGAUUAUCUUGUACUACGAUGCCCAGCGCGCAAUAGCGGAGUCCCUACGGACAAUCCUCCAGUCUCGCAACGGCCGCAUAUGGUCUAUUCGCUUGUCCAAGGAAGCCGCCACACUGGUUGAGUCUUUUACAAGUGAUCUACUCGCAUCUGGCUUAAUAAGCAAUAUUCUGAGUGAGUUGCGUUAAUCCUUUCCCUUGGCAAUAUGCUCCCUAUCUCGCCGUAAGCAACCUUUUGUACAUCCGUAACUCGCGUCAUUUGAGCACUAUUGUUGCUUACUCGUUAAUGUGCCACUUUUAUCAAUUGAUUGCCGUUGUCGGAGCAGUUACCUCAGGAUUACUGUUUAUGGCUUAUUUGCCGUUAUUAGCUAGCCAUGUCUGGACCCCAGGCGAGGUGGCCCAGGGGUCACUCAACCCUUUGUUUGUGGGGCAAUAAAUCAAACCAGCGUGUUACACUGGAUUAAACUCACGUUCCAAGUAUUUUCACCUAAGCUCCGGCGUCUAUGUGAGGCCCUGUUUGGAUUACGGAAUGCCGACUAGUCUCCUCGAACAGAUGCAACGAAGAUUUAAGGAUUUACCCUACCAGGAUUGAUUGAAAGAGUUUGUUUUGUUCCCCCUAUCUUACGGACAGUGGAGGUUUAGACUGCUCAGAACAUUCCGGAUUGUCGGUGGCCAUGAUUGCUCCCUGAGACCGGAGGAUUUCUUCGAGUAUGCACCUACGCUAACUAAUACGACUAGACUUCAGAAAAUUUUUCAGCCGACGAGUAGUCGAGCCAUUGAAUUCGCUACAAAGCGAAAUAAUGAGGGCCGACACCUUUCCUGGCUUUAGAAGAAAACUUGAUUGGAAAAUCUUUUACAGAAAUCGUCUUUCACAACAUGAUUGCUUACAACCAGCCUUGCAGAUUGUUUCGUGCUCUACCCUCCCUCCGCACUGAUUCGCAGUGAACAGCAACAAUUGCCUUUAGUUGUAUAUUGGCCUGUACACAACUAAAUGUUCGCAAAGGUUACUGUGCAUUAAUAGGGUCAUCAAAAGCUCGUCCUAUUAACCUUUAGAUAUAGAUAUGGAUAGACUCACUGCCACUGAAUCGCGGCCUCUUCGCUCUGUUGGCUACAAUCAGGAAUUCUAGGUCGAAAACGGUCUUCCUAGUCUCUCGCUUUUUCAGUAACAGUUGUCCGCUUUUUACUCGUAGUUAUGUGACUAUCUAUGGAGAAGCUGUUCCGGAGUCCGUGACUCGGUGAUAAAAUGUUGGACUGAACACCCGAAAGAUUCUGGGCCCGCGUCCGAGGUUAUCAAAAUCUGGGGCGGGGUGUGGCUGGCUGACGACUGUUAGCAGAUCGGAAAUCGCCAUUGCGAUCAUCUUGGUUUUUACCGGUAGUUUCUCUUUCAUCCUUACUGAUCGUUCUGCGACUAUCUGCUAGGGCUCUAGAUUGAGUCCCGUAGCACAACGGGAUAAACUUAUCAUGUAACAUGAUCUGCGAACCAGCCUCCUACGGUAAUAUACAGUGGCCACCUCACGAAAUGUUAACCGAAGUUCUGAAAUAUGCUUUCGACUUGAAAGGAUUAAGUUUGUGGAGUUGUAACAGUGAAGAUCGUACACCAUGAUCAGAAGAUAUUUCAGUCUCGUCAUGAUGUAUGCCCUCGAGCUUCGGCCCGGCCGCCUGCAAAAAGCUCACUCGGAAUAAUAUGACGACUGUACUGUGGAUUCUCCCUAUCGAUUUUCGAUUCCCUUAAUAAAUUCCAAUAUAUUUUACGGAAAACGCACUCAAAAAUGUUCUUUACUAUACUCACUUGGUAACAAAUUACGUCUUCAAUUUCUAUUCCCGGAGAAGGGGUAUCCCCGGGUUUUUAAAACUUCAUCAGUUCCCUAAUAAUUUUAAACCCGAUCUGCCUUUGCACUUACGCUUCGGGUUUCCAAACUGUAUGCUUUGUGCUUUACAUGUAAGAAAAAUCACACAUUUCUACCCUGUCAAUAGGACUUCAUUAUAGGGCCCAUACAUUUUUGCAGUGGUUCAGGCACCAUUAAGGAACUGAAAGAUACGGUGCUCUAUGAAUGACCUUAGUAAAUUCCGAACUCAUUCAAAAUCGGUAGAUGCCCUUGAGUAAAGAAUUAGGAGAAGCUGUAGACUUCUACCCAAUGAGUGUAAGAAGGAAUAUUUUUGUUCUUGUUUUCUAUAAAACACAUUCGAAUUUAUAAAGGCAUCGAAAAUCUAUGGGGAGAAUUCAUACUGCUUGCGUGGUCAUUUUUACUGGGCGUGGUUUUUGCAGGCCACCGGAAAGAAGUAAAUUCAAACAUCGGCAUCCUGGCGUGACUGUAAUAUCUUGGUGUUAUGCCGCGCGAUAAUCAUUACAAUCUCAAUUAGUAGAAUUUCAGUUAACAUUUCAUAAGAUAGGCCAGCUACUGUACAUAUGCAUGUACGUAUGUAUGCAUGCGUGUAUACAUGUAUGUCCUUGAACCGUCCCCGAGACGGACCGCACUGCAAAUGUGCUGGGCCAAAACAGGUCAGGCUGGCUCACGGCAGUGCUCAGCCUAUAACCACUGGCGAGCGUGUGUGUUGCACACCUUAGGCGUAGGUCUUCACGCCUCGUCAACCACUGGGCCCAUUCCCAUGACCAACUGGUUGACGGACUUGGGCAGUCGAAUGGUGCAUGGGGGAGCCAAGAAGGAGUGGGAUAAACACUGGGAAAUCCAUCCUUAGUGCACAUCAGCUGUUUCCCCACUGAUAAAUUAGACGCGCUUGGGUCCAUCAGGGAGCGCAAAGUCUUGGCUUGGAAAGUUACCAACCGGCGGACUAGUGUGGUCCCUCCCCGAACUGAGAAUCUGACUGCGAUGCAUUCGGUUCGCAAGCUUUUCCGUACUUUUACUGUGUCACUCAGUGGUCUCACUUAUUUUCGGUCGUUAUUGCCGAUGUCUAUCAAUCCCGGCUGCUUUGACUAGGUUUCGUUAGUUUUUCCUUAUUUCCUUGCCUUUCCAUCCCUAUCGUGGACAACUGAACCUUCACUGGUAGUUCGACGCCAGACUUUUCGCUGCGCUAUCUAACGGCUGAGUAUUAAACUAGACUUCAGUUUUGCUCCAUAUAUACGCCUUUAACCAUCGUUGUCAUCUCCAUUUCAGAAUUUCUUUCCUCCUUUGACGUCAACACGGAACUCUCCCGUUUACAGGGUGCCAAUGCCAUUGGUAACCCAAAGCACCAGAGGGACAUACUUCGCUUUCUCUUCGGCAUAAGAAACUGUUUGGCGGAGUGUAUUCUACUCAUAGCCGCCCAGACCCCUCUGGAUUUUGUGUCUACUAAAUUGGUAUUGAGUCACCUGACGUCUGUUUUGACCAAACGAUACGCCAACAAUGCAGAAAAUCAUCAAAUGACUCAAGUGUCUCGGCUCCAAUCCUCACCUUACCUCGACCAUGCGGACGUGCACUUGGUUUUCGCUCUUCUUUAUUGCUUUGAACCUUUUGGAUAUCCAGGCGUGGAGGUCGACCAGCUUUCGGACGCUACCGAACAAGGUUGGUUUUUGGACACAAACCUUUCUCUUGCCUCCAGUUUUUGUUCAAUUUGUCAUGGGCAUGUACGCGCCUGUCGAUGAUUAUUUUUACGGAUGGAGACUACGCAUUCAUACAGAUUUGGCUGGACACAACGGUUGGUUGACAUUGCCACUUGACGCCUUUUUGGAAAACAUUGUUUUUUCCUUUAACAAUAUAGCAUUUCUUCGUGGUAACCAUCUAAAGUUUUGAGUAGAGCCUAAUUCUUCUUUUGCCCCUUUUUUGCGGACCUGACGUCUACCUCGCUGCAAAAGUCAGUUUUCUAGUGGACGCUGUAUGUGACACCAGUGAGCAAAGUGUCGGAGUCGUUAGGCAGACUUGAAUAUUUCCUUAACAUUGAACUGGAUCAGGAAGGCCAGAACCAAAAGGAGUAUUAACAUUUAUCUUUUGACUACCAUACUGCACAAACUCUUUAUGACCCAUUGCGGAUUUUAAGAAGCCAUUACUGUGCCACCGCGUUGUAUACUACGUAUUUCUGAAUAAGUAGCAGGCCCUGCCAUGCAUUUCCUGGAAGGGAAUUGCUCUAUACUAUUUGCUACGUCUGCCCCUUUAAACGGAGUACCCAGUGUUCACUGGCCGCUCACAUUGGUGACAGAGCGCCGGAAUUAAUGAUGACCUAAUUGGUGAUUGCAUUUCUACUGAUUAUCCUGCUCGUUUCGGCGCUGUCCCUUUUGAUAUUCGGACCGUAGUGUUGGAGGAGUAGUGUUUUUAAGGCCUAAAUGGUACGUGGUAAUGUUGAUGGGGUCGAGGAUGACGACGAUGAUGAUGUGGCUGCUGUAUAUUCUUUCCACCCACGAGCUAAUUGGGUAAGAUAGAAGCCUACCACCACAUCCCUGCCCUCGUUUUUUGUUUUCGCGCUCAUACUGCGUUAUAUGUCUCUUUUUACUUCCCUGCCUUCCCGCAUAGAUCUGAAGCACCCCCUGUUUGCGGACCCCCGUUACGUAGCAAUGACAACGAAACUGCUCACUGCGUCCGAUAGUUCAUCUGGUAGUCUUCAAGCGACUGAAGGUAUUUUCGGUCUGCUUCAACUUUCCUGGGCUGUGUGUUUGCGUCGUGCGAGCCAUUUGCGGAUGGAAUUGCGACGUCAUCGUCAAUCGGACGAACCUCCAGCUACACUUGCAUCUCAGAACCAUUUUGUAUCUGACAGCGAAAUGGUGGAUGACGACGUUCUCCUGAGCAACGCACUUGAGUCUGGCGCGAUUGAAUUUCUCUCAUCGAAGGUGGUCCGUAAUCCCGACUUCCAUCGAGAGGUAGGAUCCCCUUUUCACCCGAGUGGUCAUGUCAUUUCAAUUUUAUUUCUAGAUUACGUUUCCAGUCUCUUCCUCCUUUUAGCAACCAGCCAUGUAUCGAGACUUCUUCGCAUGUUUUUUAGAAUUUGUGGAUCCGCCGUGCCCACGGCCUGAUUACAGAUACUCUUGUCCAUUUUCCCCAAAACGUUCGUGGAAUUCGCCUGAGAGAUGAAGCGAUAGCUCGGCGCACUGGGCGCGAUCCUUCAGCAAUGGGGACCGGCUUCGCAGCGCUACUCAAUCUCUUGUCCCAGAUCUACGAUGUGCUUGGUUCACCGUUGCACGCCCGCCUUAGUCUGGAGUACUGGUGGUCAGCUGGCGAGACAGCUAACAGACCCGUCUCCCCGGGUUCCUCUUUCCUCCUUGCCCAUGAGAACCUGCUGCGCGUGAAAACCCUCCGAACUGAUGAUGGUGAAAGUUCAAGACAGGUAGGUAAUACUUACCUUUAACCCUGAUUGCAUCUCCAUUCUCAAGCCGUGUCCAUGAUUUGGGGUUGUUGCAGUACUGUCAUUAAUCUCAGACCUACAUGUUUCAUCUCUUAUUUGCAUCUUUGCAGGCCAUGCUCUUCCGUUUUGUUUAUUCGGCCAGUGAAUUCGCUUCGUCGCCCUCCAUAUUCGUGCCAUACGUGAAGAUGCUCCGUGCUCUGGUCGGUUGUCAGAGCUCAGCAAACCUCUGUUUCAAUCUCCUGAAGACGACGGUCACCACAGGAGGUAAGGGCACUUUGCUCCUCUGUCCUUUUUAUUGGGCGCGACACCAAUCCUCUGCACUUUUCUUUAACGCUAGGUCGAUUAAUAAAUCUUCUCACCUGGGACCACUUCAUACAAAGUCUGCAGCAGUACUUGGAGCACUUCAAGCUAGUUACACCCACAACCGCUAGUGCUGGAGGCCUCCGGGACGCCGCUAGUUUGGGUUUGCGCGGCACAGGUGUACCACUUCACCUGCAGCAUCCGCAUCUCUAUCAGACGGCGCUUUGCGAGUUCCCGGGAACAAGGGGAUUUGGGGCGGGGAGCGGCAUCCCCGGAGGGCAGCUGACGCCACUGCUACCUCAGCAGCAGCAGCAACAACAACAACCUCCAGCCGAGAUUCAACCAGAGGAAGUGGAGGCCCUUCGUGCUGUCGUAGCCCUUAUUACGCGCGUCGCCCUCAUUGUAAGUGGUGUUACGGUUUUGUACGCUUCGAGGUUUUGGCGUAAACACCGCCGCAUUUUGGACUUUAAGUGGACUAACUUUGUUUUCACGUGUUGUCCGCCAUCCUUUGCUAAGUAACUACGAAGUCACUGGCAGUGAAUUAUGUAGUGCCACUGGAAGGGAAGGCGUUCAGUGAACAAGGGCACACGAUCCACAACCGGCAUUGACAAUCUCUCACGACAGGCACGGCGUGACGAUUAACCAAAACACGUAUCGCGAACAGUGUAUAGGACGCUACAGUCUCUGGAGUUGGGUAGUCGAUUCGCUGCUUGGUCACCUACAGUUCGUGACCUAUCUCAUGGAGGGUCACGAACUGUGA